AUGUCAAAAAAAAAGAAAGAUAAGAAGGGUCAAGCUAAUCCCUUUUAAUUGACAGAAGCUGAAUAAAUAGCUUUGGAUACUUUGGAUACCUAAAAAUUCAAAACAAUUAUUGGUCAAUACAAUCUCAGGGCAAAUAAAUUGACAGAAGAAGUAGAUGAGUUAAAAGAAAUUGUUAAGAACAUCGAUAGGACUAAUCUAAAAGAUACAAGAAAGAAGGAGAAAUAAAUAAUAAAAAAUGAAGAUGAAGUAGUAUAAGUAUAGCAUUAAAUUGUUGAUUAGCAGAAUGAAUAUGGGACAAAAAUUUUGAGAUUUGAUGAUGAGAAAGAGCGAUUCUUUAGAUAGCAAAUGAUUGAUAAAGCAAAGGAAAUAGCUGAUCUAAAAAAGAAAAUUGAAAUGUCUAUUUAAGAAAAAAAUUUUUUACUUGCUUUUCCACAAAGAGAAAAGGAAUAUUAGGAAACAAUCGUACAGUUAGAGUAAAGUGCAGUAGAAGCCAAAAAGACUCAUGCAGAUGAAAUAUAAAAAUAUGAAAGGAAUUUCUAAAAGUAAAGGAAAAAAAUAGAAGAAGAUUAAAAAGAGGCCAUUGAAAAAAUCAGAUAAGCUGCUAGUAUUGUGGCUCAAAAAAAGAUAAGAGAUGCAGAGUAAACAACAAAAGAAAAUAUAAAAUUAAACUAAGACUUAGAACUUCACAAGAAUGAGCUAUAGCAAUUAUAAAUUGAAAGAGAACAAAUAACUCAUUAGAAUAAUUAGUAUAAAAGAAGUCUAGCGUAAAACCAUGAAGGACUUACUGAAUACUAAACAGUUAAUCAUAAACAAUCUGUUAAAAUUAAAAAACUCAAAGAAAAAGUUGAAUACUUAAAAGAUUUUUUGGAAAAGGAAAAUAAAAAAUUCUAAGAUGAAGUUGAUUCUUUAUAAAAAAUUCAUUAAAAGACCAUAGCUGAAAUGGAGUAUGAAUUGAAAUGUUUAAAUGAGUAAUUAAGGAAAAGAUCUAAAGAAAUAAGAGAUAUAAAAGGAGUUUGUUAAAUGAUUUUAGAUCAGAGAUCUGACAUAGAACAAUUCUUUCUUGAAGCCUUAGAUUAGGUUAAAGAAGAAUAGCAUUCUAAAUUUUUAAUAGGGUAAAAAAGUUUAUAAAAUGAUAGUUAGUAAUCUUACUCUUCUUCCAAGAUUAAGUUGCCUUCUCUUAAUUCAAGGAGCUACAAGCACUCGUUGGUUUAUAAAAAUAAAAUUGAUGUUAGCUAAUUAGAAGAAGAAGAUAAAGACAGGAUUUUAAGAAUCGUAUUUUAAAAAAUGAACUCAGGUAUUCCACCUAAGCCUUGGAGAUAAUAUUAUGAUUAUAAUACAAUAAAUGAUGGAAAUAUGUAAGAAAGAGAUGAAGAAAAUGAUAUAAAUGAGUCUAAUUCCCGUGUGGAUAGAUAUAGAUAUGAUGAAAACUAAAUAUAAUCUUAGCAUAAUGAUUCUCAUCUAUAGGAUUAAUAUUAAUAAUUCGUUAAUGACUAAUGA